AUGCAGGAARCAAYGACAACCCUAGCCAGCGCUCUAUCGUGGCUAGAGGGAAUGAUGGUUCUCCAGCAUCAGCGCGUGGAYGAACUCUCUGKCCUAUACUCUCAAGUCUUAGCCAGAGAGGGUAAGAUGMGGUCCAACGYUGCUGGACCAUCUGCUGCUCCRGCAAUCCUUGAAGCUGACGCUUCUAGAGCUAAAGUUGAAGUUGAGACURCCCAAGAAAUCCCAACCUCMRGUGAAGCUGUUAUAGUUGAGGAAGUUGAUGCCAUCCCUAGGGAUAAUGAUCUUCCCAUCAUCUCUGCACCUGUUGUUGGUGAUGAUGAUGAUGAAAAUGAAGAUGGUGAUGAUGACGAACCUGACCUUCCAGACUCUGGCAGUGACCUUGAUGGUGAUGAUGACGACGAUGAUGAAGAUGACUUCACCAUUUAA